AUGAACGUGCGGUUCGUCUCCCUAGCACCUCUUUUUCAAAAAAAUGUAGAAGAUUUCACUGGACCUAGAGAAAGAAGUGAUCUGGGAUUCGUCACAUUUGACAUUACUGCAGAUCUGCAGAGUAUAUUUGACUGGAAUGUUAAACAAUUGUUUCUAUAUUUGUCUGCAGAAUAUUCAACAAAAAACAAUGCUCUAAACCAAGUGGUCCUUUGGGACAAGAUCAUGUUGAGAGGAGAUAACCCAAGGCUGUUCUUAAAAGACAUGAAGUCAAAGUACUUUUUCUUUGAUGAUGGAAAUGGUCUCAAGGGAAACAGGAACGUCACUUUGACUCUCUCCUGGAAUGUUGUACCAAAUGCUGGCAUUCUACCUCUUGUAACAGGAUCAGGACAUGUGUCUGUACCUUUCCCAGAUACCUAUGAAACAACAAAAAGUUAUUAAAUUAUGAUACCGAAUCCUAAGCAAGAUAUUUUUAUACUUGUAUAUUGUGAAUAAAUUUUAUCGCGGUUUCUUCUCAGAUCCCAUGCAACCCUUCUGUGAAAGGUACUUAAAUUUCCUCAGGUCUAACAGCAUAGGAAAAGGAAAUGAAAGUUCAGGGUUUUUCUUUAAAAUAAAACAUUGAAGCUGAAACUUAAGUGAAAGGUAAAUUGCAGAGUAAUGGUUUGGGGGGGGAACUGAGGAAUUUUUUUUUUUUCUUUCUCCUGACCAUCUGGUUAUAGAUCUCCUUUUCUUUUAAAUAAACAUUUUUAAACCGGAA